CGAAAACUUCACGUUUUCAAGGGGCACAUAAAUGUGGGUACCUUUAGAGCGUCGCGACGCAUUGUCCGACGUCGCCGUGACACCGACCCAACGAUCCACGAGUUUCCAAAAACGCGAUCGUGAAGUUUGCAAUAGAUUUUUUUUAGUGAAUUUUAGUUUUGGAUUUUUUUUUUCGGUAGGAUUUUUUGAUAACUUUUUUUGUAUAUUUUUUUUUUUUUUUGGAAAAUAUUUACCUACGUGAUUAUUAACUGAUCGGAUAUAGGUAGUUUCUUUGUUCGUUUCAAAGCAAUAUUAAUUUAAAUGCAUAAACUGUACAGUUAUGACAGCUAACAGCGCUGAGCCUGAGGACAAUCAUGAAUUUCAGUUUGUGCACCAGCUGGUUUUGCACCAAAACCGAACAAGAAAAACCAGCGAAUAAUCACAGUGCGGCCAACAACGAGUACCAAGCAGUCGUGACCACCGGACCUGGUCCUAGUCCUGUUAGUUCUGGUUCGUGCGAUGACGUAAUGCCACCCUCAAAGAACUGUUUCAGAUUGAUAAUGUUAGGUUCUGCAAGAACAGGCAAAACCUGUCUAGUUUCAAGAUUCCUAGGAGGCAAGUUUCACGAAAAUUAUACACCGACAAUCGAAGAUUUUCAUCGGAAGCUCUAUAGAAUACGCGGAGAAAUUUAUCAAUUGGACAUUUUGGACACGUCCGGAAAUCACCCGUUUCCCGCCAUGAGACGAUUGUCGUUUUUAACAGGUGACCUGUUUGUAAUAGUCUUCAGCAUGGACAGUCGAGAGACCUUCGAGGAGGCAAUUAGGCUACGAGAGCAAAUAAUAGAGACUAAAGUCAAUGCGGGGGCUGCGGGAAGUAGUGGAGGCUUGACAAGGAAAAAGGUCCAGCCUAGGAUACCGAUGAUAUUUGCUGGCAAUAAAAGCGAUAAAGAGAUGAAAACAGUGACUCCUGAUGAGGUCCAGGCUUAUUGCGAUACUCAAGAUUCGUGUUGCACUUUUGUGGAAACUUCGGCAAAAAAGAAUUUUCAAGUGGACGAGGUGUUUUAUCAGCUUUUCGCUGUUGCUAAUUUGCCAGGAGAAAUGGCCCCUAACCAUCAUAAGAGGAUCAGCGCCAGCUUCGGGGCACCGUGUCCACUGCCGCCGCCCAAUCCCUCUCACCUGUCCAAGAAGUACCAUCUGUCAGUGAAACGUCGUUUGAGCGAUGCGUGCGGGGUGGUAGCGCCAAACGUACGAAGACCAAGCAUAAGAACUGAUUUGAUGAUAAUGAGAACUAAAACCUACAAUUGUGGCGAAGGGGGUAGUGCGCACAGUUCGCCCCUAAAUUGGCGGAGAAACAAUAGCGGCAAUAAUGGUUCGUGUGUGUUGCAGUGAAUUCUCGUUAAAUUUAAUUGUUAAAUGUUUUGGAUGUUGUUAGCUUUAAAUGCGUUGGUGUAAACGUACCUUCGUACCUACCAGCACAUUUUUAUUGAAGUGUCUAAAUCAUACUCAUACGUACGUUUACACUGUUAAUUUAAAACGAAAGCUGACUUUUGUCUUUAGAUGUUAAGAAAGCCUAUUUAUAUAAUAUUAUAUGAAUGUUAUUAUCGCGACCAAUCAAAUUUUAAAUAAUAAUAAUUAUUUUCUUCAUUAUUUCAUGGCUUUAAUAUGAGUUUUAAAAAAUAUGUACAUAUCCUCUAAAAAUAAAAUUGAUUUUUUAUAGAGAUGGGUUUUUUAUAUAAAAUUUUUACAAAAUGGGGCAAUAAUAAUUUAAUAUGUAUUUAUUAAUUAAUUUUUUGAUAUUUUUAUUGUUAUAAAAAUAAUGUUUUAGAUGAUAAGCUGCCGAGAAUUUAAUUCAAAAUCAAUUAUUGUUGACCAUCUUUUAAGUAGAAUAUAGAAAUUGUUUCGACAGAAAAAUGUGACGAUUGUAACCUUUUUUCAAAUCCAACUCUAUAACCCAACCAUAUAUCAUAUCUAUAAUAAACCCCUUAAAAAAUGGAUUAUCUACCGCACAAAGGUUUACGUCACAUACCUAUUCCAUAUUUACUGUACUUCACUAUUCAUAGAAACAAUACAAUUUAAAUGUAAAUGUGAAUCGUGAUUGGAAUCAAACAGAAAAAAAAUCUACUGAUUGCACAAUAAAAAAUAUAUUUGUAUCCCGAAAAAGGAAA